UCAGUAGAAAACCUUAGAGGAUGAUGCCUUCACGCUGUUUUGUCUGUCGAUUGAAAAGAAAGAGAUGUGUCCAGCUCCCAAAUCACUUAUCCUGUACUGCAUGUCAACGCUUGCGCGUUGAGUGCAUGUCCUGCAUAAUCGAGAUUCCCAAUGCGGUCAGAGAAUCGACCGAGGCUCGGGAGUGUCUGGAGGAGGCCAACGCUCUGGCUUCCGGUGACCCUGGGCGUGUUGAGCUAGCACCGCUCCCAAAGACGCGACAAUUUCUUUCAAAUUUGCAAUCGAACCUCAGGGAUACAGCAACUCUGCCUCUAGCUGACCUGAGGAUCCCUGCAACGACCUCAAUCUUUUCCCCAACGGCUGUUCCGCCAAACGCAACUCAUGAAUGGGAAAACCGAGUAGAUACUGUUUCAGCCUUUGGGGUGUCCGCCGCGGUUCUGCCGAUAAAUGAUCUUGGAUACAUGCCACCCAUUAAUUCAGAGGCCUCAUCCUCUAUCUUGGGUUCAUCUGGAUAUGUCAGAACCGUCGAUGAAGCGAACCUCUUGCAUGUUGGUUCCCUCCCGUAUCCUGCCCACAUCCCCAAUCCUGAAGCAACCAUCCCACUGAAUGGUGCCAUCUGCUCUGACUUGGCGCCCCAGCCAACAACUCCCAACCACGAGACAGUAUCUUAUGGCGAGAAUCGGAAUCUUCCUCAGAUGUCGGACAACUCACAUAUCGCUGUCAACUAUGGAAGCGCUGGACUUUCUACAGUGCCCUACCCACAAUUAGAUGCCUCUUUGCAUGAAACUCGUGCCGAAACUUUGGGCAAUGGUGCGAAUUGGGAUCAGGAUGCCGUGGACUGGCUUAGGGGAUUGGCUUGGAGUAUGGGAUAUCACCUCGUCCCUCGCCGCGCUGUCAUUUCCAGUGGUGGGGCCCUAGUGUAGGAGUUCCGUUUCAUGGCUUUUUUUUGGGGGGCGUAGGUGUCUUUCUUCUCUCUGCUUGAUCUAGCGUGUCCAUAAAUCGUUGAUGUGGGCCAGCUGAUUCUAUGUGCGUCCUUGCCUGUGUUUCUAUCGACUUUAGUGUUUGGAGAUUCUAUGCCACAUGGAAUCUUUGAGUGCUUGUACAGUAAAACUUGUGCGAAGCGCUGUUCUUGACGUAACUUAAUUCAGUUCACUGAGGAAAAAAUAGCGAGUGUUCAUG